AUUUCUUUAAAAUCCUUGAGCAUUCUUCAUUUUCACUUCACAUUCUUAGAGUGUAUCUGCAUAUCAUGAAUGGGUGCAAUGAAGAAGGAAAUUACAGUAAUUUCUGCAACAUUCAUCCAACUAAAAUUCAAAUAGGAGUUUGCUCCCUCUGCUUAAAAGAAAGACUUGUCGUAUUAUUAGCAACAUCAUCAUCAAAAUACAAACAGCGUUCUAGGAGAAGAUCUACAUCAUCAAGAAAAUCUCAUCACAUUUAUGUUCUUCAAAAAGUUUCUGCAUUGGGCUCGUUCCUUCGUCGCUCUGAGUCCUCCCGGCGUGAACAAAGAUUGGCGGCGAAAUCAACUGACACUGACGAUACUUCCACCAGUACCAGUAGUCAAGAAGAUUCAUUCAUAUCGAUCAAGUUUGAAGAUAAUGGUAAUGCCUCGUGGGUUAAGGAUUCUACAGAACAUUGUAAACCUCACUCAUCGGCGACGCCCACAGUAACAGCACCGUUGAAAGCUAAAAAGAUAAUGCACAAUGUCAAUACUACUACAGAGAAGAUGAAAAAGAAGAAGAAGAUGGACACUGAUAACAGAAUUACUAGUAUUGUGGAGCACCAUGGUGGUACCACCGGUUCAGAUGGUGGAGCAGGAAUGCUUAGGUGGAGAAAGAGGGUCGGGCAAGUUCUGUUCCAACUUGUAAGGCUUAGGAAGUCAACAAUGAUGGAAAGUGGUUGCCAAGAUAGUAGAAGUAACAAAGGCAAGAAAAGCAGCAGCAGUACACUUAAGAUUAGGAAUAAGAAAAAUUGGAUAAAGACUAUGACAAAGAAGAGGGACCAUCGUCGAGUAUGAAAUGAAAAGCCAAUUUGGUUAAAAUUAACUGUAGAGAAAGAGAAAGGGCAUUUCUUGAGAAAGAGAAAGGGCAUUUCUUUUCUUUUGCACCAAUGGUGCAUGUGGUUGUUUUAUAAAGUUUGGUCCAAAGAUUGGAUAAUUAUUAUUGAGAUUGGAGUGAACUUUCCUACUACUACGUAUGAAUGCACCAUAAAAAGAUACAAGGCUUUGUUUCUUAUUGAGGUGGACCUAUCCAUCUCUCUCUUUCUUGUCUUCUCACUUGUCACAUUAGAUGUUUGCCUGUCUACUGUACUGCUCAGGCGCUAGCUGGGUUGAUGAAACGUGGGCGAAGCUUCACAUGUGUACAUAUAUUAUGUAUUAGUCUUUCUCCUCUGUCAGUCUGUUUAAGAGCAGAGUUUAAUGGUUGAAUUUUGGAUUUUUUGCCAUUUUGGGAGGGUAUUGCUUGAUGUAAUGACAGUUUGAUUUUUGAAUGCAGUGCAGUUAUGGCAUAUUAAUAAUUGGAAGUUGACAAA